AUGAAUGGAUGGAUAUGGGCUUGGCAGAGCUAUUGUGCGGUCAAUUGGCUUGACCAAGUCAAACACAAAUCCGCCCACGACCCUCUGUGGCGGCGCCCAGGCUGCUCUGCAGGGUCCACAUGCACCAGAUUGGCUGUUCCCACACGCCCCCAGAUGCCCGCCCAGGUGCCCGCCCAGGUGCCCGCCCAGGCGCUCUCGCCUCUGAAGCCACCUCCAAAGACCCCUUUGUCCAGGCUCCUGUCGCACCAGGCAGCCCGUGACGUGCCACCACCAUCCAUCGAUCCUCCUUGGCACGAAGUCGUCUGGAGUCGUCGAAUCCGACCCCCAACAACGGCAACCGGAUUGUUCGUGCCUGCCAGGCAGCAUUGGACAAAGCCAGCUCGGCCGAUGGCUCUUCAGGUGAGCUGUGCUUCAUGUGCAUACAUGGAUGAUGGCACUGCGCUAAGCAACCGCCGCAGGGCGAUUAAUUACCGAUGUGGAAUCACCGCGACUUAA